AAACAUUUUAAUUUUCAGAAAUGUUCUAUUUUGUUUCCAAACUCGUUGGAGUGACUCCUCUGCGGUCCAAUAGACGAUCUUCGUGCUGCACACGAAAGGGAAAGGAAACGCCGACUUCUCCAUUCCAAAAUCCCCUCUGCCUCAUCUUUUAGCUCCAACGGCUUGUUUGAUCGAUUUGAAGCUUUGAGACGCUCUCUCCUUGGCUUCAGGGAUUCUUUCGGUCGCUUUUCGACUGCCUCUUUGCGCAGAGCCUGCUGUUGGCCUGGAGAAAUCCAUCACCGCUUGAGAUUUGAGGCGCCAGAUUUAUUGAGCCCGAGUGCACAAAGUUGAUAGUUAGCCACCUAGCUAACUGUUAGCUCGCAGCCCUUUUUUUGGUUCCAGCUUCGGGGGCGUCGUUUUGCGCAACAUUUGGCUCCCGACAGCUAGCAAGCUACACCUGAAUGCUACUUUUGGUGAGGUUUAGAGCUGCUGUCGGUAGGGAAGGCGCUCCAUAUUGGCUGCUCGCUGAUAAGUCAGCGUAAAAAGCCCGGAAGGAAGCCAAAGUGAAGGCCCGAGUCCAGCAACACCAAGAGCCGCCUCCGUCAGUGUUUGUACCGCCGCGCAGUGAGAGUUGACAGCUUACUUGGUGACACAGAGACUUCUCCCUGAGGAGCCAAGAAGCAGACGGCUCAUGACUUCUGACCAGGACACAAAAGUUGUAGCUGAACCACAGGUGCAGCAAGUACAAGAGGCAAAAGAGAACUCUCAUUUGGAAUCAGUCAAGGUUUCAGACCUCAACCCCAAUGCGAAAGCAUGGGCCAACCACAUGUUUAGCCUGGACACCAGCGGGACUGCUGACACCACUGCUGCCCUGCAGCCAUGGAAGGAAGGCUGCGAUAGUUCGGCCGACCCCGGCCCAGAAGGCUUUGAAGCCAGUGAGGACAAAGCUUACAAGGAGCCUGAGCUAGCUGACCCAGAUGAGCCUCCACCAGAACCAGUAAUGCUGGCAGAGCCGGCCCCGGUUGCCACCGUCACACUGGAGGGCCCCGAGCCCGCCUACCCAGGGUACCCCGACCCUGGGCAGCCUGGGCACACAGGCAGUGAUUCUCCGCCUGAUAACAGCCAGGAGGGCUUAAGAGAGAACCUGAAGAAGACCCUGGAGUUCUGCCUCUCCAGGGAGAACCUGGCCAGUGACAUGUACCUCAUCUCCCAGAUGGACAGCGACCAGUACGUGCCAAUCGUGACGGUGGCCAACCUGGACCACGUCAAGAAGCUCAGCACUGACGUGGAGCUGAUAGUGGACAUUUUACGAUCGUUGCCAUUGGUCCAGGUGGACGAGAAGGGGGAGAAGGUGCGACCCAAUCAGAACCGCUGCAUCGUGAUCCUCCGAGAGGUUCCAGAGAGCACGCCUGUAGAGGAAGUGGAAGCCCUUUUCAAAGGGAACAACUUACCCAAGUUUAUCAACUGUGAAUUUGCCUACAAUGACAACUGGUUCAUCACCUUUGAGUCAGAAGCAGAUGCACAGCAGGCAUAUCAGUAUCUUCGUGAAGAAGUGAAGACCUUCCAAGGGAAGCCAAUUAAGGCGAGGAUAAAGGCGAAGGCAAUCGCUAUCAACACUUUCAUGCCAAAGAACGGUUACCGGCCAGUGGAGGUGAAUCCCUACGCUCAGCAGCAGCAGCAGCGCUACACGUCCUACUACAUCCCGCCUGUUUACAGUCCGCAGCAGCAGUUCCCCCUCUACAGCCUCAUCACGCCGCAGGCCUGGUCCACCACGCACAGCUUCAUCGACCCAGCGCUGGUCACCCCCUUUCACAACAACCAGUUCAUCAACGGAUUCACCACGUCACACAGCUUCAAACCAGCAACGUCGCCGCUCACCGUCAGACACUUCUCCCCCAGGAACAGGAAUCACAGCAAACCGCACCUGAGGCCGAGCAUCCCCACGGCGGACCGCAGCUCCGGCCUCCUGGACAGCCCCAGCCUCUUCCCCGGCUUCGCCAGCGAGAGGCUGAACGGGGUCCGCAGCAGCCCGCCGGCCCGGCUCCCCUCCGGCCAGCCCAGAACCAGGCUGCCCUCCACCGCCGCCUUCCCCCGCCGCGACGCCGCCGGCACCGGCCGCGUCACCGAGCCGCUAAUCCCAGAUUAUUCCCUCGGAGUCGGCCGGGGAAGGAAAAAGAGGGAUGAAAAGUUUACGAGAGCCACGCCCCAGUCGCCGCCGCCUCCCAAGCCCCCGUCUCCCAGCUUCGAGCUCGGCCUGUCCAGCUUCCCGCCGCUCCCGGCCGCCGGGCAGCUGAAGGCGGACGAGGCGUUCGACAGCCGGCUGGCGAGCAGCGUGGUGCUGGGACCCACGAAGGAGCGGACUGUGAAUCCGGACCCCAGCGGUGGCACUGUUCCCCCAGCCGUUCCCAAAGAGCCUCUCCGGUCCUCCGCCUCCCCUCUGCCUACCAGCUUCCAGCCCUCCCCCUCGACCCCGAACGCCCCCCCGACCUCCACGUCGACCCCCGGCACGCCGCUGAGCCCCGCCCCCUCGGCCUCGCUGGAGGUGAAGGCGGCGGAGGCGAAGACGAAAGAGGCGCCGCCAUCGGUGGAGCGCGUUCCCGUCACGAUGUCCACCGCCAGCAAAUCGGUUCAAGUCAACGGCGCCGCCACGGAGCUGAGGAAGCCGUCCUACGCCGAGAUCUGCCAGCGAGCGAAGGACGCCCCCACGCCGCUGCAUUCAGCCCCCCCAAAGGAAGCCAAGCCAAGCUGCGCUGCCCCCGCAGGCGAGGAGAAGAAGUGCAGCGACGCCUCCUGUGCGCCGUCAGGGGAGCACAAACCCAGAGAGACUUACCACCCGCCCUCCAAAGUCGGGCCCGCCUCCACGGCCCGGCCCCUGAAGGAGGGUCGGAGGCCGGCGGGGCGCUGGGCCUCGCCGCCCCCCCACCCAGGGAAACCCUCCAGCAGAGACGCCCACCACACCCCGCCCAAAUCGCCACAGUGAGGCGGGCCCUCCUCUUCCUCCACUAAGCUCCACAGAAGUCUAAAAAAACGAGUCAGGGCUACUCCACUUCUCCCCCAGUAUCACCAGUCAGCAACAAGCAUAGAGGACGCCUUCUUCUCUGGAUCAGGGCUUGCAGACAUAAAGCACUUUACUGUGCAUGUAGAGCACCGUCUCUUCUUUUUUUCUGCUUCUUUUUUUGGUUUAUUUAUUUGAUUUUUCAUUGAUUUUUCCCUCGCUUCUCUGCAGCAGUCUGCCAUCACGGCGCCGCGGCCCAAACGGACUUCAUUCUGGGAUUUCAUUAUCAUUAAAUUUCCUGACUUAUUUACACUAACUUUCAUUAUUUUUAUAUGGGCAGUUACAGUUAUCUACCACUAGCUAUCACCCUCUUUUUUCUUUUUGCCUGGCCUGUAACGGCAGCAAACUGUCCCUGAUUUAUACUUUUCUGCUGGAAAAAACUGGGAGAAAUCUGUCGAAAAUCCAUUGGUUUCGAUCCGAGAUGUCGGAAAACCACCUGGGAAAACUGUAACACUAGCUAUCAUUCAGGUGUUUGCAAUUAAUCAGAAUAUUCGGAAGACGGUGCUAGAUUCCUGGAGUCAGUCACUGCGAGUUUUCUCAGUUUACGUCUACAGAUAUUUAACUAACACAAGAGAAGUAGGAGGGAAUUUGGUCUCCAUAGUUUUCCGGACGGCAUUCCCAGCAUUCAGUUGUUUUGACGACUUCUUAAGGAUUAUUCGUUUUUUCCCCUUGAGGUGGUUGUUGCUCGUGAAGCGCUGGUUAGCGGAUGGUGAAUCCAGAAUGUACAAAAAGCUAGAAUGGGCCUGGAAUAUUUUCCGGGAAGCGGAAGAGAUUUGUGUUUGCUUGCAUGUUGAAGAGGCAGAAGCAGGUCGGUUCGGUUUCGGGUCGGUUUCUCCUGGUUUCGAUUCGCUUAAAAUGGGAAGACUUAAAUAUCAACUUAAGCACACACGGUUUGAGGGUUUUUUUCUGGCUUCUUCUCUCCGGUUUUCUGCAAAAAGGAGCUGAAGUUUAAGCACAGAGAGGGAAUGUUUGUGAUUUUCAGACACUGUAGCAGCCACUGUGGCAAAAUCUUUAAAAAAUUCAAAUUUUCAUGAGAAAAUUCCUAUUUUUGUCGUUGCGUUACCGUCCAGAAAUGAGAACCGCGUCUCGAUCAAGUCUUCCUCCAACACAAAAUCCCACUAAAGGAAAACCGGAGCCCGUUUGGAAAAGGGAAAAGCUUCUUUUUCAUUAGUUUUUAUGCUGCUUUUCAUUUGGAUACCUACUUUAUUUUUUCUUCUGUUUUUGUUUUGAAGGACUGAGAUGCACUCGGAUGGAUUGAUUCCUUUUUUUCCUUAUUGGUGGGAAAUGAUGAAAAAGUUUCCAUAUCCAGUUAUUUAUAAAGCAGAGCUGUUUUCUUUUUAAGUGAGAAGAUUUGGGGAAUGAAAAUCCAUGUUGAAGACUCUGUACACAUAAAACGUUUGAAAAAAAAAAUCCAUCCAGUGUUUGAAAAACUUGAAUUUUAUUUAAACUUGAAAAAUAACUUUGCCUUAACUUUUCUACAAGACGAGCAUCGAGUUUUUAUUUCUCCUCAAGAGGGAAAAAAAAAAAUCCCCCCCGGAUGUUAACGAGCUUAACGAAGCGACGCUGUGGAAAAUAUUUAGUCUUUAGACAGAAAAUCUGGCAGCGUUUACUUUUCUUUUCACUGAUUUCUGUAAAAAAUUGUACGAAAGACAAAAGUUUUUGUUCUUACUUUAGUUCCAGGUUGUUUCUGUUUGUUUGGUUUCUUUUUGGGGGGGAAACGUUCUAAACCUUGUAAAAAUGCAACUAGUCCAAACUGUAUUAAAAUGUGCACUUUGAAGUAUGUGCUUUGCUUGUACAGUUGUAAAUACUCAGAAAACUAUAAGAGGUACCUUAAAAUGAUUAUAAAAAUAUAUUGAUCCUUGUUAACUAUAAUGUCGCUGGAUGUAGGAUAUAUAUAAAAAAAAAAAACGCAAAACAAACAAAAGUGUUGUUGUGCUUUUGGAAAAUAAUUCUUUUUUUUAAAUGAUUAGUUUGCAGAGUUUGAUUUCUGCUGAAAUGUUUUGUUUUUCGUUGGUUUUUGUCGUCUGGCAUUCCAUCUUUGUUGUCACCUUCGCCCUCCUCCUCCUCUCAGGCCGGCUUCUCUUUCACUGCAUUCACAUUCAAAUUUUGGCCACUUUUAACAAAAAAAAAGAUCUCCAACAAAAAAAAGCACUACAUAUUUAUUAUAUUUUUACACAUCAACUGGAGCCACUAAUGCUGAAUCUGUCUAAUCCAAUAUAAUUAGAUUUAAUUUAGAAGAAAAAAGCAUUAUGGUAUCUGAACACUAAGACAACAAACUGCUUUUUUAUGUAUUAAUAGGUUUGCCAUCCUUAUAGAAUGAGUUUUAGGUGCAGAAAUGAUCUGAAAUAGACAAUUAGCUUGGAAAUAAGAAAAAAAUGUGUUGGAAAAGAUGGAUAAUAAUCAUUUAAUUGUUUAAAACGGUAAGAUGCAGUUUUUGCUGAUUGAUGAAUAAAUUAAAGCAUUAGCAGAGUUGAUUCAUCUGGAUCUGAUGGAAGUCUUUUUUUCCCCAUAUUUUCACAUCCUGAAAUUUUCCUGGUCUCUGUGUCGGGAACGUUACGGAAAAACAGAAACUUUGAAUCUGGUGAAAGAGAAACCCAACUCUUGGCUUUUAAAGAGUGAUGCUUGAUUCCCCAAUCAAAAUUUGUUGUUUUUUACACCAUCUGUUUGUACAGCAGGUGGCGCUACAGAGUCGAUUCAGAAGUUCUUGGGUUCUGAUUUGCUGAAGGAUAAAAACUUUCGCAACACAGAGAGAAACAUCCAACUUUUUGUGUGUUUUCUGGAGUUUUUCCUCUUCUUUCUCGUUCUCCUGAUAAAUGUACAAAAAGAUUUAAUUUUCAGGCUUCAAGGCUCAACUGGAAUCACUGAUUAGUUGUGUGUUUUUGGGUUUUUUUCUUCACCGGUGCCAUCACACAGGCCUGCUGUUCAUUUCCUGACUGAGCUGAAAACGUCUCACGAUGAUUAUGUUGACGAGCCGAGGAGCGUCUGGUUGCAUGUUUCAGAGAACAAAACCAGAGGAAUACAGACUGAUGAGGAAAAAAGAACUCUGGACCUGGAUGAAAAAAAAAAAGCUUCAUAUCGAUCUUGUCAUCUCGGUUCUCACGGUGCCAUUCUUCGGUUGGUUUCUCUCUCGCUCUCUGGUUGCAUAUCUGACUUUAUCAAAGACGCGACAAAGAGAACGACGAUGACGGACUGCUUAAUCGGCUCACUGUGGUAUAACUCAUUAACUCUUCCUGAGCUAACAGCUGUGGACAAUCGGGGGCUCGGGACUGUUAACCCAGCGGGUCAAAGGUCACAGCAAAGAGGGCUUCUUUCUUUUAGUUCUAUUUUUAAUUUCUGGGGUUUGUGUUUGUGUUUGUUUUGUUUUUUUUGUUCCAUUGAGACUGGAAUCAAGCGUACAUGUCGGCUCUAGAUAAUUUAAGUUACUCUUGUGUCAUGAUGUAAAACUGUCUAAUUUGGAGAAAAAAAAUGUAGCUUACUGAAAAAUAAAGAUUUAGGCACUGUUGAAGA